AUGCCUCUUCUCGGCGGCAAAGGCAACAAGUUCAAGGUCGACCCUCCAAAGAUCCGCAUCGAAAAGGUCGUCGUCGAACGUCCCGCCCCGCCCAAGCCCAAGCCCAAGCCCAGUCCCAAGCCUCGCUCCCGAUCUUCCGCCGCUGCCGCCUCCGUCUCCUCGAGCUCCUCGCCCGCCGCCUCACGCCCGUCGCCGAGACUGCCGUCCGUCCGCCACGACAGCAACUCGCCACAUCCUCCCUCGUCCGACGAGAGGCGGCUGGCGCGGAAACGCAAGGCCGCCAGUGCCGCCGCGUCGCGACCCUCGCCUGCCAGUGACCGCGUCGCCUUUGACAAGGACAGCGACAACGAGGACGAUGGCUGGAUGAGCCUCGACUCCCGCAAAAGGCAACGCCAGGGCACCGCCGACGGUCGCUUCGUUGAUCCCAACCGCAAGCUGCGCAACUCGAGGGCUUUCGAAGGCCGCAACGAGCAGCUGCAGUUUAUUCAUGCCGUCCAAGUCGCCUCCCUCGAGGCAAAGUGCGUCCCCGUCAUGGGCGCCCAGAAAGAGGACGUGGCAAUAGAGCUGCAGUACCCGAGCCUGCAGCCUAGGGAAAGGUUCGAGCUCGUAUGGGGCAAGGACAAGAUCGACGCCGUCGAGGCCAGCAUCCGCAUCGUCCGCCACGUCGCCGAGACAUAUCUCAACGACGAAGAAGCCGAGCCCUUCACCAACCAGCACAGCGGCCUGAUACGGCGCCUGGAAAAGGCUUCCAACCGCAACAUCCAAGACUUGGCCGGGUUCAAGGCGGCGCUACAAGAGUACAACGAGACGCUGCUUGGCCUCAUAGAGGACGGCGUCGUCGAACGGAAUCUCGACGCAAUGCAUGAGCUGCCCCGCAGCCUCGUCGCCUUUAUUCUCGACCAAGUCUAUGACCGGACCGUGGCUCCCAAGGUGGAGCUCCUGUCCAAGUAUGAAAACGGCACCGACUACGUAUACGGCGAGCUGCUGCACCCCUUCAUCUCCAAGAUACUCGUUGAGCAGAUGAGCAUGACGUCUGACCAGGUGUUUGUCGACUUGGGGUCGGGCGUGGGCAACGUCUGCCUGCAGGCGGCCCUCGAGAUUGGGUGUGAGAGCUGGGGCUGCGAGAUGAUGGAAAACGCUUGCAACCUGGCCGAGGCACAGGCCAAGGAGUUUGCCGCGAGAAGCAUGCUCUGGGGCAUCAAACCUGGCAAGGUACACCUCGAGCGGGGAGAUUUUCGCAAGAACACGGCCAUCCACGAGGCGCUUAAGCGGGCCGACGUGGUGCUGGUCAAUAACAAGGCCUUUACCUCGCAGCUCAAUGACGACCUGGUGCGCAUGUUUCUCGAUCUCAAGCCCGGCUGCAAGGUCGUCUCGCUCCGGUCCUUUGUCGCCGAGAGCAACCACAACAUCAACGACGUCGGGAGCACUAUUCUCAACGUGGAGGAAUGUGCGUAUCCCGAGGGCUACGUGAGCUGGACCAACGCGGGCGGGCCGUACUUUAUCUCUACACGCAAGUAG